GCUGAGACUCCAUAUUUGCUUUCAUUAUUCAAUAUGUUUUCUGAGUUGCUGCUACGGCUAUAUCUUCUUAGGGAGGAUUCAGAACUGUGAUCUGCUUCUUGGUUUGGUGUUUUUCAAUUAGUUCUGAAUCUGGAUUUUAUAGUUUAAUUUGUGCUAGACACAUCAAUAUAUGUUUAUCUCACCAUAUAUGAAAUAUGGUUUUGAAAUUAAUUGGUUUUCAUUUUGAUGAAGUUCAUAUAAACGGGGGCAACUGAAUCUGGAUCUUUCACUCUGAGGGAUCGGAGUUGCAGAAUCAUGUGUUGGUGGUGAUGAAGAUGAUUUAUAUGCAUCGAAAUUCACUUACAUAUAACUUAAGCCAAUUGUUCAGCCAUGUCACCUGAAUCUACGAGACUGAUCAUUAGCUUGGUGUCAAGCGUGCUUCCGGUCACAAUAAUGAUAACCAUAUAUGUCUUCUAUUGUAAAAUAUGUAUGUACCAAAGGCGUAAACCAGCAAAAGUCGCAGAACUGGAAAGCGGGAACUCAAAUGAUCAGAUUCUGACAUAUAGAAUGGACAAGUUUCUCAAUGAUAUUGAAUCACAAAAGCCUAUCAGAUUCACCUCACAUCACCUAACGCGUGCAACAAACAAUUACUCCAACAUGUUGGGCUCAGGAGGAUUCGGAUCAGUUUAUAAAGGAACACUUCGUAAUGGAACUAUUGUGGCAGUGAAAGUUCUACGUAGUAGUGUUUCUGACAAGAGAAUGGUAGAGCAGUUCAUGGCUGAAGUGAGCACAAUUGGACGAGUUCAUCAUUUCAAUCUGGUUCGCCUCUUAGGAUUUUGCAUUGAAACUGAUAAGAGGGCUUUGGUUUAUGAGUACAUGAGCAAUGGAUCUCUUGACAAGUACUUGUUUUCUAAAAACAAGAUCUUAGGAUUUGAGAAGCUUCAUGAGAUUGCUGUUGGAACGGCUAAAGGCAUUGCUUACUUACAUGAAGAAUGCAACCAGAGGAUUAUCCACUACGACAUUAAACCAGAAAACAUUCUCUUGGACCAUGAUUUCUGUCCUAAAGUUUCUGAUUUUGGUUUAGCCAAGCUCUGUAACAGGGAAAAGUCUUGUGUUACUAUGACAGGACUAAGAGGGACACCAGGUUAUGCUGCACCAGAACUUUGGAUGCCUUUUCGUGUAACUCACAAGUGUGAUGUUUUCAGCUUUGGAAUGUUGUUAUUUGAAAUCAUAGGAAGAAGAAGGAACCUUGACGUGAACCUCACAGAAAGUCAAGAGUGGUUUCCAAGACAGGUUUGGAUAAAAUUUGAGAGUGAAAAUCUAGAAGAGCUGAUAACAGAUUGUGGUAUACUUGAAGAUAAAGAGAAAGUGGAAAGAAUGGCAAGAAUAGCUUUCUGGUGUGUUCAAUAUAGACCAGAAUUGAGACCCAUUAUGAGUGUCGUGGUGAAAAUGUUGGAAGGCUCAAUGGAUAUCCCAAAUCCUUCAAACCCAUUUCAACACUUGAUGGAAGAAGAUCAUGCAACAUUGGAAGCAGCACAAAAGGAUAUUAGUAUCGAUGCUGUUUCAUCUCUCGAGAUAUCCAAAUCUUCCAUUGUGUAUGAGACCCGGACAGAUUCUCUUUAGAUGGAAUCCUGUCAUGCAUGGUUUAGAGUAUAAGUUCUGGACUUAUUGAUUUCUAGUGAUUUGAUUGUGUUGGAUAGAGGUCAAGGCACAUGUAGAAUCUGUAAACAUGUGCCAUUUUUAUAAUUGAAGACUGGCUAUCUAUACUAGAGUUGUGAUCUGACAAUAAGGACGUCUAUAUAUCAUACGAUUAUAUGGUUAUGUGGCAAGGGGAAAUCGUCCAGCCAACACUUUGCACAUGUGCGUGUAUAAAUAUGAAUAUAUGAUGCAUUAUAUCCAAUGUAUUAUGUACGUGUGCGUACUCUUUAGUACA